AUGAGGAUGUGUCUCCUAUUCUGGAUCCUCUGCCUGAUGGUUCCUAUUGGUUACAGUCAGCUUCCAGGUCCUCCUGGUCCCAAAGGAGAUGAAGGGCCUCCUGGGCAACCGGGGCCACCAGGGAAAUAUGGUGUUCCUGGACCUCCUGGUCAAAAAGCUCUCUUUGGCUCAAUUAGCCCAGACCUUGAAGCCUUAAAGACGAGCACUUCUAAGUUAGAGCUGGUUAUAAACUAUGACUUUUUCCGGAAAGUUCAUCAGAAGAACUUUGUGUCCAACAAGGAGAGGGGCACCUUUUCCAGGGCCGUCGACUUCUGCUUCCAACAAGGCUUAGAGCUUGCUUUGCCCCAGAAUGAGGAGGAGAACAGAGUACUGACUCAGUUCUUUGGGGACAUUUACAAAACAGCCUGGAUCAACAUCAACAAUAAAAAGGCAGUGGGGAAUUUUGACUCUGAUAUGAAAAACCAAUCUCUGACGUUUACCAAAUGGGAAGAAGGGCAGCCAGACAAAUCCAUCCAAGAUACAGGCUGCACCAUGCUGUCAGAAAACGGUGUCUGGAGAGUGACACCUGAAUGCUCUCUGAAUGCUUACAUCAUUUGUCAGAUAUAA